UUUCUUUUCUCCCAUUUCAGACUCUGACCAGCUGAGAGACAUGGCGUCCAAAAUGUUGAAAGGAUUUGAUGACUUGAAGAUCGUUCUGGUUGGGAAGACAGGGGCGGGGAAGAGUUCAGCAGGAAACACCAUCUUGGCCAGAGAGGCUUUUGAGUCUGAACUAGCCGCCGUUUCUGUGACAUCUAAAUGCAAGAAAGAAAGAGGAGAGGUUGGAGGGAGGAAGGUUGCACUCAUCGACACUCCAGGGCUGUUUGACACGAGUUUAGGCAAUGAAGAAGUGUUGAAAAGGAUCAAGAUGUGUAUCGGUAUGUCCUCUCCUGGUCCUCAUGCCUUCCUGGUGAUUCUUCAGCUCGGCAGGUUCACAGAGGAAGAGAAACAAACUGUGAAAAUGAUUCAAGACACAUUUGGUGAAGAUGCAGAUAAGUACACAAUCGUGUUGUUUACCCAUGGAGACAAGCUGAAGAAACAAACAGUUGAAGAGUUUGUUUCAAAGAGCGACGGCCUGCAAGAAUUCAUUCAGAAAUGUCAUGGUCGUUAUCACGUCUUCAGCAACGAGGUGGAAAACCCGUCUCAAGUCACUGAGCUUCUGAAGAUGAUAGACGUGAUGGUCGAGGAUAAUGGCGGGUCGUACUACACCACAGAGAUGUACAUAAAAGCAGAGGAAGAAAUAAAGAAGAAGAAACAACAAAUCCUGAAAGAGUCUGAGGCACAGAUGAAGAAAGAGAUGGAGGAACUGAAAGCCAAGUACUCUGGGGAGAUGUUGGAAAUGCAAAAAGAAAUUGUGAACUUAAGUCGUGAGGCUGAAGCAAGAGCUAAGGCUGAACGUCAAUGUCCUGUACAACCCCCCCCAAACCCCACUGUGUACUCAUAUAGCAGCUUCUCUGGUUCCCAGUUGAACAGUAGGAAAUUCCUUAUUUGGUCAUACUGCAUCGACACAGAACUGUAUAAAAAGUGGUGUUCGUACCCUCCUGGGACAUCAGACGGCUCCCUGCACGGACCAGCUUCACGUUUUUCACUAAGAACUUCGAGAGACUCUGACCAGCUGAGAGACAUGGCGUCCAAAAUGUUGAAAGGAUCUGAUGAGUUGAGGAUCGUUCUGAUUGGGAAGACAGGGGCGGGAAAGAGUUCAGUAGGAAACACCAUCUUGGCCAGAGAGGCUUUUGAGUCUGAACUAGCCGCCGUUUCUGUGACAUCUGAAUGCAAGAAAGAAAGAGGAGAGGUUGGAGGGAAGAAGGUUGCACUCAUCGACACUCCAGGGCUGUUUGACACGAGUUUAGGCAAUGAAGAAGUGUUGAAAAGGAUCAAGAUGUGUAUCGGUAUGUCCUCUCCUGGUCCUCAUGCCUUCCUGGUGAUUCUUCAGCUCGGCAGGUUCACAGAGGAAGAGAAACAAACUGUGAAAAUGAUUCAAGACACAUUUGGUGAAGAUGAAGAUAACUACACAAUGGUGCUGUUUACCCAUGGAGACAAGCUGAAGAAACAAACUAUUGAAGAGUUUGUUUCAAAGAGUGACGACCUGCAAGAAAUCAUUCAGAAAUGUCAUGGUCGUUAUCACGUCUUCAACAACGAGGUGGAAAACCCGUCUCAAGUCACUGAGCUUCUGAAGAUGAUAGACGAGAUGGUCGAGGAUAAUGGCGGGUCGUACUACACCACAGAGAUGUACAUAAAAGCAGAGGAAGAAAUAGAGAAGAAAAAAAAAGAAAUCCUGAAAGAGACUGAGGCACAGAGGAACAAAGAGAUCGAGGAACUGACAGCCAGAUUCUCCGGGGAGAUGUUGGAACUGAAAAAACAAAUAAUGAACUUAAUACAUGAGGCUGAAGCAAGAGCUAAGGCUGAACGUCAAUGUACUGUACAACCCGUCAAUAUACACUUCUGUGUAAUCAUAUAGCAGCUUCUCUGGUGUAAGAUAGUAUAAAGUAUAAUGUCAGUGAUUUCCUUGUAGGCCCAGUGUCUGAAUGAUGAGUCAGCAGCUCCUGAUGGAUGUACAGUCAACUAUCACUGGAUUACUUUGAGUUAAAAACAAGUUCUGAUUUCUAAGCCAAUUUCUAAAAUAGUCCUCACUUUGUAG